AUGGACUCAGCAGAGUCUGAGAGGAGACCAGGCGCCCAAGAGGGGGAGACCCCGGGGCCACCACAGCUCGGGGAGGCAAUGGAUGGCCAUGUCCAGAGCUCUGAGUGUCCUGUGACAGGAGACCAAUGCCUGGUGCCAGCCCAUGAGACCUGCUGGACCCAGGGUGAAGAUAAGUGCCCCACAGGUCCAGCCUCAGAGCCGGCGCUCCAGGAGGGCAGACUGCAGUUGGAGGAAGAGAGGCUCAAGCUAGAGGUGGAGACGUUGGAGGAGACAGGCCCUCGGCCUAUGACUUCCAUUGUGAGGCCCAGUCAUGGUCCCAAGAGGAAGCCAGCCUCCUGUCCCUGGCUCUGGUCCCCCAGCCUCCCAGGGCUUAGCCACCAAGCCCAUCCUAGGACUGAAGCUGAGCUGCCAGCGGGGAUACCGCUGCAGAGGGAGGAGCCAGAGGGCAGCCAAAGUGAGACCUCACCGACUGCCAAACAGCACAAAAAAGCCAAGAAGCGCAAGAGUCUGGGGGCCCCAGUGCUCCCAGCCGUGGCCAGCACAGCGUCUGCACCCUCAGAAACCCUGGGUCUGGAGCGAAAGGCCCAGCGCCUGCGCCCCCUGUACCAGUACAUCAACUAUUGCAAUCCUGAGCUGAACCAGGCGGGGGAGGGGGACAGGGAGGCCGAGGUGGACAUGGAGCCCGAGUCGGAGCUGGCCCUGGCCUCCGAGGAGGCGGGUGUGGAGCAACUACAGGUCUUGCUGCCCAUCGCAGGUGAGCUGGGCUCAGGCCUCACUGUGCCCUGCCCCACCCAGGGACAGGAGGCCAGAGAGGAGCCUGGGGGGCUGCCCAACUUGGGAGUCAGCGGCCACCUCAAGGCUGAGGUGGAUAAGUCAACCCAGGUGGAUAUCGACAAGAUGCUGAGCGUCUGUGCUGCCCCUCCCGUACCCCCGCUUUCUCCUCAAUACAAGUGA